AUGUUCUUCAGGUGAGGAAUCUGGUUUUGGUUAUGUAUCAGAACAAGUGUCAUUCUAGGAAAUGAGCUAAAUAUCCCAGAGCAACACGGUAAAAAUCAUUGUUAUCAACUUAACAGGUUUCACUGCAGCUAUGAGGAAGCAGAAGAUCACUGCGUGUCCAGGGGAAAACUGGAAGUCCAGAAUCUUCUCUGGGACUCUCUAGAGGAAGGGAGUAAGUGGUGGAUUGGGCAAAAUCUAAAGCACCUGGGAAAACAUCAAGAAAAAAACAACCCAGGUAUGGUGGGUCCCUGGCCCCCAGGCCCACCCAGCUGCACUUACAUGUCCAGAAACUCCAACUGGAUCUCAUCAAAAGUGGACUUGUGCCCUCUGGAACAUUCUUUCAUUUGCCAGGCUGAUGCCUUUCCAGACCGAGACGAAAGACAUGGAGUGAAUUCUCUUUUACACCGGAGACCCGAGAAGACAAGAGGAGAAGUCCCAAGAAUGAGAAGCAACAGGACCGCAGUCACACGGCGGGUCAUGGCAGUGACCUCAGAGCCUACCAGCCAGCCUCUCCCUGGCACGCCGGCGCUACCAGACCGGAGCUUGAAACACAGUCCGGGCAAACACAGUCGAGGUGACCACAGAGGGGACUCCCAGGCAGAGGUCUUCACCACUAACCCACAGACGUCACUUCAGGAUACAUCUGAUCAGGUCAUAAACAAGAAAGCAGGGAACAUGAGCAAAGUGAUUUAUGGUAUGCAAACUCACAGCAAAGUACAGACAGCUUGUGAGAUACUCCAGAAACUGACAGCCUUUCUCCCAGGAAUUUCUAAGUCAGCUCAGGUCAGUGUCCUCAGUCCACUUGGUGACCCGAAUGGGCAGUUACCAGGCAGCGCAUAUGAGAGCAACAGCAGUCUGGGCUUCGAAAACCCCGUGACUGUCUGCCUCAUUGACUCCCUCGAUGAUGUCGUGGAAGCUGGUGAAGCCAAUCUGCAAAGAUCCAAGAAUGACAUUGAGCAGGUAGAAAAUAUGCUGGAAAUGGCCUUGCUGGCCCUUGGAAAGAUCCAAGAAGUAUUUCUACAGCAGAACCGGGUUUCUGAGUCUUUAGUGACUAUGACCUCUUCCAUUGCUACUCUGAUGCUGAGCAGCCAAAACAUGUCAACAUGGCCUUUGAGCUCCUACAGUCUCUGGUCCCCAGCACCUGUGAGGUUAGUCUUUCCAUCAGCCUCAGCUUUGCAAGAGCUCCUGAACAGACACCGGGGAGUCAAUGUCCAAGUGAUAACAGGACUAGCUUUCAGUCCCUUCAGGGAUUUUGAUGACAAGAACAUUGUUGGAAGCAUCGGGAGUGUGUUGCUAAGCUCUAAUCAUAAAUUGUUCCAAGUUGAUGACUUAAUGGAAGAUAUCGAGAUCAUGCUGUGGAGAAAUGUUAGCAUGGAAAUCCAUCACACCAGCCCCAAUGUGAGCUCAUAUCAUUUUAUUAUUGUAGUGAACAUCACUUCCCUGGAGAAAUCCCUGAUCGUAUGCAUAGAACCUGAAAGUCACCUUUUAAUGACACUUUACCUGGGGUUCCAGUAUCAGCCGAACCACACCCACUUUGACCUUAACGUCUCCCUUCCAAAGACUCAGGUGUGGCAAAAAGCUAAGGAAUAUACAUGGGUGCUGAGCCCAGAGAGCCUGCGGCAUGGGACCGGCCCCUACCACGUGACGGCCACAUGGAAUGAGGGCAAGGAGAGCACUCAGCAGACACCCGCCCGGCUCGCGGUGGCGACGGCCGUCGCGCAGUGUUAUUUCUGGGACGGCCACAACAGCGUGUGGAAGAGCCGUGGAUGCCACGUUGGGCCACAGAGCACGGUCUUGAGGACACAGUGUCUCUGUAACCGCCUGGCCUACUUGGGCAGCGACUUCUUCAUUGUGCCCCAGACCGUGAACAUUAAGGACACGAUCAAGCUGUUCCUUCAUGUGACCAACAACCCUGUUGGGGUGUCUUUGCUGGCCAGCCUUUUCGGAUUCUAUAUACUCACGUGUGUGGGGGCUUGGAGAAAGGAUCAAGCAGACAUGCAGCAGGUGAAGGUCACUGUCCCAGCCGAUAAUGGCCCCAGCUCUCAGUUUCACUGCCUGCUUCAGGUCUCCACUGGCUAUCGAAGAAGGGCUGCCACAACAGCUAAGGUGGUUAUCACCCUUUAUGGAUCAGAGGGACGGAGUGAGCCCCAUCACCUUUGUGACCCCCAGAAGGCAGUGUUCGAGCGAGGGGGACCGGAUGUCUUCCUCCUCACCACCCAGGCCUCCCUCGGGGAGUUGCACGGCCUGAGGCUCUGGCGUGACAACUCGGGGGGCCCUUCUUGGUGCGUAAACCAGGUCACUGUCGGUGACCUGGCAGGUGAAUGGAAAUGGUACUUCCUGUGCAACUGUUGGCUGGGUGACCUCGGAGAGUGCGAGCGUGACCGGGUCUCUGUGCCAGUCUCGAAGAAAGAGCUCUUUCCCUUUAGACACCUGUUCUCGUCCCUCAUUGUAGAGAAGCUCACCCAGGACCAUCCGUGGCUCUCGGUCUUAACUCGACAUCCCUGGAACCGGUUUACGAGAGUCCAAAGACUCACUUGCUGCCUGACGUCGCUGCUGUGCAACAUGGUGGUCAGUGUUGUGUUCUGGAGGAGAAGCAGCAGCACAGCUGAGAGAGACGAGCCAGAUAAUGUCCGUGAGGAAGUCCUGUCUGUGGAUAAUCAUGGCGGACUUGCCAAACAGAUGCCUGGAGCCGGGAGGGCAACGACUGAGACGACUUCAGCUCUUGAGGAUGAAGCCUGCUGUCGUGUUCUUCUUGCAGUGGGGCCGUUUCCUGUGACCUGGUCCCAGCUGCUCACCGGCGGCCAAACUGCCCUCCUCUUCCCCAUCAAUCUUGUAAUUGGGCGCCUCUUCCUGCUGAUCCAGCCACACGAACCCCUGCCUCCCUUUCCUCCCAGCCAAGCCUCCUGCCUCCCAGAGGCUCCUUUUGAGCCUCUGUCUCUCACAGAGGUGGCUGAGGAAUUGAAGGAAACUGUGGGAUUCCUGCUCAGGAGAAACACCUACCUCCUCUCAGAGUGGGAACAAUCUUUAUGGGCGUCUCACAGCAUUAACAAGAUGGCGCAGCUUUUAGCCAGCCUCGUCUCUUCUCACUUGGAAGGUCACGGCUCUCCUCAGCAGGCAGGACCCCAUCUGGCAAAUGCGGUUCCUGAAAGCCACCAUCAUCUGUCCCGUUACCUGCUCGGAGUUCUGCAGCGGCUGCAGUCGCAUUCACGCGCCCCGGAUCCCACCCAGGCCGACCGGCCUCGUGAUGUCCUUGAUGCCACCGGCCAACUGCAAAAACUCCAGGAGCUCUUGGAAACACGUAUCCUUCCCACGGAGCAGGGGCCCUCCAGUUUCCCCAUCCUGAGCCCAGAAGAAGGGAGGAAGCCCGUGGCUCAUGGCCUGCGCCGAGAGUUGACUUACCUCUGCUGGCUCUUUCUGGGCGUCACUAGCCUGGCUGACUUUUUUACUGCACUUUAUAGCUUGGAACUGACCAGAGAGCAGGCCACCAGCUGGGUUGUGUCAGUGAUGUUAUCCAUGCUUCACAACCCCGUCGUCAGCCAGCCAGUCAAGAACCCUGGAGGGUGGGCCCAUGCUCCCACAGGCAAACCUGGGGAGCUCGUGAAACUCCAGACUCAGGCCUCACUCCGGACCAAUAAAAUAGUAAUCUCUGGAGAUGGAUUCCAAGGCCCAACGGGUUUAAAAUUUCCCUGGCGAUCUUCCUCGGGUCGUUCCUCUCUCCCUGAUGCUGAACCGGAUGCUGUGGCUUUCCAAAGAGAACAAACAAGGAGGAUCUUGGCUCUUUUGGCAAAAUGUCCACCGUUACCUGGUUCAAGAGAUAAAAACAACCCCAUCUAUGUAGCUCCAGCUUUCAACAGUCCGGUUCAACGCCCAGAAAGAACCUUGAAAGAGAAGAAGCUUUUUAAGCUGGCAGGAGAUAUUUUGGUUCAAAUCCUCUUCCUUACCUUGUUGAUGACCACAGUCUACUCAGCACAGAACUCGAAUAGGUUUUACCUCCAUCAAGCGAUCCGGAGGAGCUUUUCCCAUCGUCUCUCAGAGAUCAGACUUCCGAAGCAUUUCUACCUGUGGGCCGAUCGCAGCCUCCUUCCUAACCUGUACGAGGAUUACAGAGGCAAUGUUCUGCUUCGUCAGAUUCACAUUCCUAGCGCCGUACUCCUUCCAACUGGUGUCUCCCCGAGAACAGGCGAAGCCAUCUCCCCAAGAUCAGGAGGAUACAGAGAACUAUGGAGUAAACUGGGGCCCCCGAUACAAACGUCACAAAAUCAGACAGCAUUUGGGGAAUUUGCCACUUUCUCAGGAGGAGGGUAUGUUGUGAGACUUGGAAGAAGCUCCUGUACUGCCAUCAGAGUUCCACAGCAUCUUGAACAGAGCCACUGGCUUGAGCAUUGCACCAAAAGCCUCUUUGUGGAAUUUGUGGUCUUCAGUGCUAACGUGAACCUGUUCUGUGUAGUGACCCUGAUUUUGGAGUCCAACAAUGCAGGUGCAUUCUCCCCCUCACUGAGGCUGGACGCUUCCCUUCAGGCAUCAAAGAAGGACUUUGCCUGGUCUCUCAUCUUGCAAGUCAUCUAUUACCUACUAGUCUGUUACUAAGCCUUUGUACAGGGUCAUCGGCUGAAACAACAGAGGUGGAGGUUCUUCUCUAGGAAAAGAAACAUUCUGGACGUGAGCAUAAUCCUCAUUAGCUUUGUCCUCCUGGGUCUGGACAGGAAGCGUACUGCUCUGCAUAAGAAAAACACGGCGCAAUACCGCUAUGAGCGGGACAGGUUCAUCAGCUUCUACGAGGCAGUGCAAGUCAACUCAGCCAUCAUUCACCUCAUGGGCUUCCUGGUUCUGUUGGCAACUGUUUAACUUUGAAACCUGCUGCACCGUAACCUCAGGCUGCAGGUCAUCGGUAGAACGGCAAAGCCUGGGGACAAGGUGGUGGGCUUCUUGCUGGUCAUCCUGAUCCUGCUCCCAGGCUAUGCCACUGCUUUUAACCUGCUGUUUGGAUGGAGCAUCACUGACUACCGAACUUUCUUCAGCUCAGCAGUGACUGUUGUUGGCCUUCUACUGGGAAUCUCUCAUCCGGAGGAAGUUAUUGCUUUAGACCCAGUCCUGGGAUCCUUGAUUCUCACCAGUGUCUUCCUGAUGCUACUUGUGAUCAUUAACCUUUUUGUUUCGAUGAUUCUCAUGGCCUUUGGUAAAGAAAGAAAAUCCCUUAAAGUAGAAGAUGGACUGAUAGAGAUGGUGCUACAGAAACGCGCCAGUUUACUAGGAAUCCAGCGACACCAGAACACUGAGCAAACAGCCAUGACAGCAAUGGGCAGUAACACUGAGGCUUUAAAAAAUGGAUUACCUUGGGUGCCUGGGUGACUCAGUCGGUUAAGUGUCUGCCUUGAGCUCAAGU